AUGAUUGCAGCUUCGUCGCACAAGGAUAUAAGCCAGAGUCAGGAAUCACACUCUGGAAACUAUGUGGAGAACAAGGCAAGCAGGGAAAUAAGCAUGGAUAUGAGUGGGGGGAUGGACAAAGUCAAGGAGAGCAGUGCAAGCAGUGCAGGUAGUGCAAGCAACAGUGCACGGAGUGGGAGUAACAACAAUGAAAAAGACAGUGCCAGCAGAAACAACAUGAGCAUUUCUUCAAGCGUUAAUACCAGCCUGACUUCCAGCAUCGCAAAUACAGACAUCGCAAAUACAGACAUCAGCAACAUCAACCUUAGCAAUAUCAACAUCAACAACGUCAAUGUCAACAACAUGAAGUUCGAGCCCGGCAGGCAGCCGAACAGUGCAGAAAACGCAAACGUCAAGUGGGUGGAUGUGAUUGAAGGUGCGAAUCUAAGCGGAACACAGGCAUUCGACUUACUUAGCACGUACACAAACCUCAUAACGUCGGCAUCACAGUCUUAUGAGGGAGUUUCGCCACGGACAAACGUGAGGGACAGUGCAGAAAGCAGCAAGGUAAGCACGCCGGUUGGGAAAGGCAGCAUCAGCCAGCCUGUAAGCCUGAAUCCCAGUGCUGCAGACCUGUUCGGGGCGAAUUUCGCCCCCCUGGACACAUCUACAGACAUGGAUAUCCACCAGGGCGGGUUUGCAAACACGGCGAACCCUCCAACGGGCAUCGGGCCAUAUGUAAACACGAAUUCCAGUAGCACAAGCUUGGCCCACGUCCCCAGUAUGUCGAAAUCGUCAAGCCGGAGCACUGCCUUACCCGGUGACGACUACACGCCACUAAUAUCGCCGGCUGUGACUCCCCUGGAGCGGGAAACGUCGGUCAGCCGAGCCCGGAAAGUUGGAUUUUCGCCUCUCACGUCCCCCGCGUUGGAAUUUCAGCAUUACCAUUCCAAGUCCGUGAGCCUGCGGCAGAAGAGAAAGGACCACCAGGACGAUCUGACAGGCAACUCGGGCCGCCGGGGGUCCUCGUCCUCUUUCAAGCGGUCCAAAACACCCAGCACCACUCCGUUAAUGGGGCCUGUUACCGGCCGGGUGCCCGUUUCUGCCUACGGCUACGGAAAAUCCAAGUCCCAGUACUUGUACCGGCACCCGUUGGGCUCGAAACACGUUCAGAGCCAAAACCAGCACAUCCAGAACAGUAAGCAGCACAGAAGAUCGUCCCAGAACUCGCUCCGGUCCCAGGAUGGUGUCUUUGACACACUUUCGGACGAGAUGAUGCUUCCGCCAUCGUCCCAGCAACAGGAGGCCGCUUCUGGCGACCAGAUGGGGCAUAAGGAGCACCAAACAGGCCACGCAGACGCGUCCAAGGGCCCUGCCUUCGCCACACCAGCCACACUGAUGUCUUUCCCCGUCAUUGGGGCCCACCAUGCCCGAAAUUCGCCCCGGCUGAUGUCCAAUGACAAUGUUUUUGCCAACCCAAGGCACAACGCCAGCUCAGCCCAGUCUUCACCUGUUAUUUUGCCGUCUUCCAGCUCGGCAAUCCUGCUCCAGCAGCAGCAGCAGCAGCAGCAGCAGCGGAGGCAAAAGUUCCUGGUGCAGGAUUCGAAUCCCGGGCGGGAUACAGAACCUGCUGGUGCAGGCUCUGGAAAUGGCCAUUCCGGCAAGAAAAACGGCCCUGCGGCAGAUUCCUCGCCUACAGGAAGCAUUCCAGCGGAUGCAGAUGGCCAAUCUAGCUGGCCGGCGGCAAGAAGAGGGUCCAGCAGCUCUGGAAAAUCGAACUGUAGCAAAAAAAUGAACCACAAGCUUGCCGAGCAGGGCCGCAGAAACAGGAUGAAUGUUGCCAUCCAGGAGCUGGACAACCUAAUUCCAGACACAUACAAAGAUGGGGCGAUGGUCCCCUCAAAGGCAACUACCGUCGAGAUGUCCUCGAAAUACAUCCGGGACCUCCAGACAGAAAAUAAGCGGCUGUGCAAGGAGCUCGAGCAGGCCAAGGCACAGCUUGAGAAGUACAUGGGCAGCCGGGGUGCGUCCACAGUUGAGAGCGGGUCCUCAAUCAGUCCUCUCGAGUACCUCGAUGGGGAAUCGGGAAAGAAGAGUAAGGAUCUGGACGAGUCUGCCUGA